AUGUCUCUUCCUGCGACCACUCGCGAAUAUCGCCUGACCACUGCGGACGGGACGCACGACAUCAACAUCCAGGAGGCGUCCAUACGCGCCCCGAACUCGUUCGAGGUGCUCGUUAAAGUCCAUGCAGUUUCGCUUCAGUACCGCGACCUCCUCGUGUCGCGCAACAACUACCCCUUAGGCCAGAUUCCCCACGUUGUUCCCUGUUCCGACAUGGCUGGCGAAGUCGUCUCAGUUGGGGACGAGGUCAAGGGCUGGAGCGUUGGCGACCGCGUUUGCGCCAACUUCUCCGUGGACCACGUACAUGGACCGCUCACAGAUGAACUAAAGCGCACCUUUCUUGGGGGAGGAAUCGAUGGCGUCCUGACGGAGUACAAAGUUCUUCCUGCCCAUUGCCUGGUUCGCAUCCCUGAUCACCUAUCAUACGAGGAGGCCUCUACCCUUCCAUGCGCCGCGUUGACGGCCUACAACGCCUUACUGGGUCCAGUUCCCAUCAAGGGUGGCGAUACUGUCCUUGUGCAGGGCACCGGUGGCGUUUCGAUCUUUGCGCUACAGUUCGCCGUGGCAUCCGGUGCGACUGUAAUCGCAACGUCCUCUUCUGACGUGAAGCUUAAGCUCGCUGCUGAACUUGGUGCGACGCACCUGGUGAAUUACCGUAAGACCCCUGACUGGGAGACGGAAGUACUUCGCGUGACGGGCGGAAAGGGAGUGAACCAUAUCGUCGAGGUCGGCGGGCCGGGCACGCUCGCCAAGUCAGCAAAGUGCAUUGCAUAUGCUGGAUGGAUUCACGCUAUUGGGCACGUUACGGAGGACGGGGAUGUUAGCUCGGUUCCAAUGCACCUCCUCGCGCGCACCGCAUUUAUGCGCGGUCUCAUCGUUGGUCCUCGUACUCAAUUCGAGAACAUGAAUCGUCUGAUCAGCGCGACCAAGAUAGAGCCGAUCAUCGACAGGGUCUUUUCUUUCGAGGAGGCGCGUGCAGCAUAUGGAUAUCUGGAGAGUCAGAAGCACGUCGGGAAGAUUGUCAUCAAAGUUUCGAAGGAUUGA